CAAUAACGACUUCAUCCCGGUUGAAGAGUCGUAUCAUGUCUGGGGCAGCAGCCUUAUGGAGCCGGCUGUCGUCCCCACCCUCACUCCCUCAGCUGCCUAUGAAGCUUCCAAGAAGAACCUCCAAGACGUCCAAGAAGAACCUCUUGGAACAUGAAAAAGAAGAUGACAUCAACGAGAGCCGGAAUGAAGAUAGCAUCGACG